CCUUGUUAACUUCAUGAUUCUUUUUAAAGAAAUUAGAAGAGUUGGAAAAGGAAGAAGAGCUCAGAACAGCUGCUGGGGAGUAUGACAGCGACUCUGAGAGUGAAGACGAGGAAAUGGUGGAAAUCCGACAGCUGGCAAAACAAAUUAGAGAGAAGAAGUUGAAAAUUCUACAGUCCAAAGAAAAGAACACACAGGGACCCCGGAUGCCCCGGACUGCUAAGAAGGCCCACUAUGCAGUCCAGGCCAGAAGAUCUCGGAGUGUCACCAGGAAAAGAAAACGAGAAGAGUCUGUUCCUCCCUCUUCCAUAGCCCGCAGUCGCAGUCGGAGUUGCUCUAAAACGCCACGUGAUGUUUCUGGUCUUCGGGAUGUCAAGAUGGUGAAGAAAGCCAAGACCAUGAUGAAGAAAGCCCAGAAGAAGAUGAAUCGCUUGGGGAAGAAGGGGGAAGCAGAUAGGCAUGUGUUUGAUAUGAAGCCCAAGCACCUACUCUCUGGGAAGAGGAAAGCUGGUAAAAAGGACAGGAGAUAAUGUCCUCUUCAGUCGGAGUAGUUUAACUAGACCCGUGAUUAUUUCUGAGUGUGUGAUGGUGUGUUUUAUAGAAUUUGGGAUCAACAUCUGUUAACCAAAGAAACGAUGGAAAUGACUUUUAAAUGCUUGUUGCUGUGCUGAAAACUGGUAAAGCCGAGUAAGCGUGUGGUGCCGUGGCCCUGCGCAGUCAGAUGUUACCUGCAGAGCGCUCUGUACUGGAUGACGCGCUUCUUUCACAGCCAAGGGACUCAUUUUGCAGAAAAGAUGUAUUGGUGUAAGGAGGCUGCUUUGGUGGGGGAAAACUUUUGUAGUAGAUCUUUUGACACCCAAAAUACCUAUUUUUGUUAAGAAAGUAUUCCUGCUGGGAGGUCUUACAUUUAGCGUGUAUCAGAACUUAAACUACAGUCUUAAAUUAUUUUCUGCAUCUGUAGUACAAUGUAUCAUUGUAACUUCAAACAUUUUAUCCAAAGUAAACAUCCAGCAAAAACAUAGUUUUGAUUAUUUACAUUUAGUUUGCUUUAAUUGCAAGUCUCUUGAUAGCCAAAAGGAACGGGCAGGGAAUAGGACUUUGCUUAGAGCAAAAAUAGUUUUUUAAAGGGAAUAAGUGCCUGGAUAUGUCUUCUUUCACUAACAACAGCUGGAUUAAGAUUGGUGUCCUAGAAAGUAAAGAAACAUUGAUGAGAGGGAUCCCAGUGUGGCUGGAACUGCAGCCCUGUCCACAGAUCAGAAGACAGCCUUCCCACUGUCAGCGCUUCCUGUCAGUGUGACCGCUUCUGACCUGUAUCGGAAACCAGUGAUGUAUACAUGUAUUAUAUUCUCUAUCCUAAAUCAUAUGGACUCUUUGAGACUUUUUUAAAAAAUAGUUUUAUUUGUCUUGGAUAUGUCAUGUAUUUGCAUUUCAAGUGUUAUCCCCUGUCUCCCCUCUUCCAUCCCCCUCCCCAGCUUCUAUGAGGGUGCUCCCACUCCCACCCACCCACUCCAACCUCAACACCCGAGACUUCUUAUAUUGGCUUUAGUUGUCUGAUGACAUUUGAUGUCUUGAUCUAUUUUUUUAUGUGUAGAUGAUUAAAGUCUAUAAUCAUUA